AUGUGCGAAGAUUCAAAGUCAGUCACGGAGAGCUACAGAUCUUACGUCCAGGAGACUUCUGAAACGCCCGCCGAGGUUCUCGUUGAGAAGUUUGCGCAACAAGUUCGAGAACUGGAGAAGCCAUGGUUGAUUAUCUUCGAGAAUGUCGAAAAUAUAGAAGCUGAAGCCUUCCAGAGACUCGGCCCUGAGGGCCUGCAAUUGCACAUUGGCAAAGGCCGUGGGUCGUUCCUCGUGACGACUCGCUCCCCCGGUCAGCAUCGGAUAUUGGGCGGCUCAACUGAGACCCGUAUUGAAGUUAAGCCCAUGGACAGAAAAGAAGCAGAGGAGCUACUCCUGCAUUCUUUGGGCACGAGCAACCACGACCCAGCCGAGAUUUCCGCUUUUAUAGAACUCACGGGCGGCCUGCCCCUGGCUUUGGCGGCGGGAAAGAUGUAUUUUGCUGACAGAACUCCAGCACUCGCUCCCGACGUACAAUACUCCUUUGAACAAAUAUUCCAGCUAUUGCCGUCUUCGUCGGCCGAAUAUCUUUCGUGCCUAGCGUGCUUGCAAGCUGAUGGGAUUCCCACCAUUCUCCUCGAGGAGUAUCAGAGACGUGCCUCGCUGACCACAGAAUGGGAAGAAGCGGAGCAAAUAUUAUUAAGAUCGUUUUCAAUUACACGUCAGGCCGGAUGCCAAAUCACCAUCCGCCGAAUCCUGCAGCAAAGCGUUCGAGACUGGCUUCGGAAACAAGGCCGGCUGGAGUUUGUUGCUGGUUUAGUGAUGGAGACUGUGGCAAAUGUCUAUUUUGCCACGGCUUACAGCGACCAGAAGUCUUUUGAGGAUCCAUACGCCCAACACGUGGAGGCAACCAUGAAAAUUCCAUCAACCUUUUCAUACAACUCAUUGGAAACUCUCGGCGCAAAAGCGCGGCUCUUUCAUGCGAGGGGCACCUUUCUCCUCUCGAAUGAUAUGCCUGCAUCCGCCGGGGAGGCUCUUCGCGCAAGCUUGAGAAUCUAUGACAGCCUGCCUGACUCCAGGCACCAGCAACUUGCAUUGGUAUCACGCCUGGCAACUGCUUGCUGGGCUCAGGGUCUAGAUGACGAAGCUAAGGCACUCCAAGGCCGUUUUCAGGAAGCGGAAAUCCGGCCGACACGUUCUGGGGAACGAGUAAUGGACACAGCAGAGGCAAACCACAUCGAAAAUUCGGUCCACAAUCAAGAGGCGGACGCGGUCGAGAUCGAGUCGGUCCUUUCCAAUCUCCCCAGCCUCACGGCAGGAAGUACAAUAUCUUCGGCGUUGACCCUCACGCUGAUAGAAGAUAUCAAAGCCGAUGUUCUGACGAUUCUCACCAAAGACGAAGACCUCCACCAAUUGUUACGAGAAACUCCGAAGAGGAUCACGCAUGAAAAGUUCCAGAGGAACUUUCUCCGCCUUUUCCGUGCGUUCCUCUCGGAUAUUCGGAAGCAGUCGAAUAACGGGGAGGUGGAACUACGUCAGCAAGUGUGGCCGCUGACCAAAAUGAGCAGCAGCAUCCUUGAGCUAGCCGGUCCUCCGAAAGAUGAGCGUCUGGAGGACGGCGAGUCAUCUGGAGGUGAGUCAGAUGGGCCAGAGGCGGUUCGAUCCCAUUCCGUCCCGCUCGGGGACCUCGAGAUCAUCAUUCUGGAAUCGAAAUCGUUCUUGACGUUCCGCGAGCGGUACCGGGCAUUCCUCUUUCCGUGUCCCGAUCCGCAGCCUUUGGAGAAAGUCAUUCCAGCGGACGGCAGCGAUCCCAGGGCCGAUCCAGACGACCAGCGGAUAGCACCUGAGACCCCGGCAGAAUCGCGUGAAUCUGCGUGCGGACCAACGGCGCAGUCAAGCUUAUUUGAGGAAGGGUAUUCCUUUGACUGCGGCGACGAGCUUUACGCGGAUUUCCCCGAAUCGGAGGCCGACUCGGUCCGUCAACUAGAAGCGUAUCUCCAGGACCAUAGUACCCACGCCGGAGGUGGCACCGCUCCCACCCAGACCAGUCAUUCGCCAGGAGGAGCAGCGGCACUGACACCGGCGUCCCGAUCUCCCCUUUUACAACCGCCAUCACAAACCCCACCGAACAACACCGGUCAACCCGCAAGCCAAAACCAACUACCAACCACCACUGGAGGGGCCACCCAAGCCAACACACCCGCCAUCCAAGCCACCAAACGCUUCCUCGAGCUGUGCGUCAACACGGGCGAAUUCCAGCGCCAGCUCGCCGAGAUCGACAUCAGCACGGUAACCAACGACGCACAACUCUUCGACUGCAUCCGCGAGCGCUACCACGAAGUGCGCAGCUUCCGCACGCGCUUCUUCCUGCUCAAGCCGGUCGACGUGCACUUUGUACAAUUCUCCGUCGAGGACCGCCACCGCGUUGCCAUUUUAGAUAAGCCGCUGGCCAUCCCGUCGGCUGCGGAGAUGGCCGCCGAGGGGUAUGCGUAUUACCCUUGUCCGCUGCGGCCGCCGCCGAUUCCGCCGAAUAUCUUUUUGCAUCAUUUGGCGAAGCCAGGGAGGCAUCCUAGGUUGGUGUGGGGGAAUCGGAUCCCGCAGAAGUUGCAUAGGAGUAUUUUGCAGGUUGGGAUGGGGGAUGAUUUGGUGGUGGGGGUGGGGGGUGCAUAUUAUUGA